AUGUCGGCUGAUUCGAUCAGCGUUCUCAUCUUUCAAAUCUAUCACUAUGCGUUCUCUUUGGCUGGAUGCUGUUUCAGCGUGUUUUUAACCUAUCUAUGUCUCUACCAUACCCCGGAUGCCAUCAAAACAUUCACUGUUGUCUCAAUCAACUUUGCAAUUACGGAUUUUUCAAUCUGCUUUUCCAACUUUUUCGUUCAACAACGGCUUAUUCCUCUCGGUAAUACCCUGGCUCAUAUUCCGUAUGGCCUUUGCAAUAAGAUAUCGCCAUACGCUUGCCACGUUUGGUACAGUAUCCAUCUUCAUUGGUAUUCGCACUGCUUGUGGGGUCUUUUGCUCUCCUUCGUCUACCGCUACUACGUUUUGUUCCAUCCAACUCCCACCAAAAAGAAAAUGGCCCUUCUUGUUGCGUCAAUUUACCCAAUCUCAUUUUUCCAAUUGAUUCUUUAUUUAUUCGCUUAUGACGAUCCCGAUGAGGUCCGACAAGUGCUUGUUAAAGCGCAUCCUGAUUACGAUAUCGAAGGAAGAAUUGUCGUUGGCACACUCGACAUCCACCGUUUCCCGGCGAUGUUCACUGUUCUGCACAUGACGCUUCCGGUGUCGGUUGCCUACAGCACCAUUAUCUUCUUUAGAACGAAAACUGUGUCGAAUUUGAAGAAAAGAGGAAGUCAGAUGUCGAAAAGUCAAAGAAGCAAGCAUGCUCAAUUGCUCUGGUCACUCACCUAUCAAUCCAUGAUCCCAACCUAUUAUUUCAUUGCUGUUCUUUCAUUCGUAUUGGGACAAUUCGACAUUAUCCGCAUUCCCUUUCUGGAAUUCUUCACAUCUUCUGUGGCGCUGUGCAUUCCAGUAUUCUGUCCGAUGUCGUCAUUCUGCUUCGUCACUCCAUAUAGAUCGUAUAUCGCCAACAAAGUUCGCUCAUUUUUGGGAAUUCAAACAAAAGACGUGGCAUCAGUCAAUCCGUCAAUGGUUUCAACAGUUAAUAAUGCUAACUAA